CAUCUCUCUUUCUAUCCAUCACAACUCCCCAGCCGUUUCCGCUCCCCCACCCAACUCCUCACGCAUCGUCGUCGUCCUUUGCGUCGGACACCUUGCCUUCUCCGCCUCGCCCUCUCCGUCACCCAACUCCUCUCCCAGACAAGAUACAUAGCGGUGCUGCUGUGGCGGCAAUGGCUGUCCAGGCGCGGUUCCUCUCCCACGCCUUCCCCCACGACCUCAACGCCUACAGGUCCAUGGACGCCGCGGCGCCGGGUAACUCCCAGUUCCUGGACGAGCACGCCGGGUGCGCGCCAGCGGUGCCGUGUAUUGGGAACAACACUGUGCUCAGCGAUCUCCCGCGAAGCGAGCUCACAUGCAACGACAACUACGGAUUCGCGCCGAGGAAGCGGGCGCGCAUGGCCGGGGACGAGCCGGCGGGCCUCGCCGACCUUGCCCGGCAGCGCUUGGUUCUGCAGCAGGCGGCGGCGAUGCACGGGCUCAUGCUGCCUUGCGAUGCGCAGAGCAGGGCGGUCGGCUCCGGCGCGGCCUCAACCAGCGGGAGGGUGGCCAAUGCCGCGGGCCUCAACACGCUGCUCUACAACCAGGGCGUGGAGAUGGACGCGCUCAUCCGGCUCGAGACCGAGAGAAUUCGCGCGGGGCUUGAGGAGGCGCGCCGGCGACACGCGAGGGCAGUGAUGGCUACUGUGGAGCGCGCUGCGGCGGGGCGGCUUCAGGCCGUAGAGGCUGAACUGGAGCGCGCGCGAUACCGCAACGGCGAACUGGAGGAGAGGCUCAGGCAGAUGACCGCAGAGGGCCAGGCGUGGCUUGGCGUCGCCAAGAGCCACGAGGCCGUCGCCGCCGGCCUCCGCGCCACGCUGGACCAGCUGCUUCAGCCCCCCUGCGCCGUCGCCGGGGCUGGUGAGGGUGAUGCCGACGACGCGCAGUCUUGCUGCUUCGAGACCCCAGCGGGCGACAACGCCGACGACGCGGCGUCCAAGGCAGUCACGGCGGCUCCGUCGUGCAAGGCCUGCGGCCAAGGGGACGCCUGCGUUCUGCUCCUCCCGUGCCGGCACCUGUCCCUGUGCGGUGCGUGCGAGCCCUCCGUGGACACCUGCCCCGUGUGCGCGGCCACCAAGAACGCCUCGCUCCAUGUCCUCCUAUCUUGACCAUCCAACUCCAAGCCAUGCAGCCCGUUGGGCCGACGGUGGACGUACGUCGCGCGGCCGAGCUCGUCGUCGGUGUCGUGUUCUGCAAUAUUUGUUUUUGUUUUCGCUGCAUGUGGGCUUGAGUAGUGUUGCACAAGCGUCACGUGAUCAGGCCAUGAAACUCCAAAUGUUGGAAUUUGCACGUAGAUCCUAGACUAGUUUUUUGUUUAUUGGUAGGUUGCCUAGUAUUCAUGUGCUGAACUAACCUUAGUACUAGCAUGUGGGUGGCUAAAUUUCCCGAGUUAAAGUUGUUUCGUCCUUGGGGAAAAAAAUGUACACACCUGUAUUGGAACCAAAACCGUGCUGUUUCCGCGUGAUUGUUC